AAAAGCUGCAAAUCGCCAAUUGUAGAAAAGGCGGCGGCGGCAGCAAGAGUCUCGGGCCUCGGUGCACACUAGAGCUCAAUGGUCCACUGCCCGAGGGGGGAUAUCGCUACACACUCACACUCCUCAUAAAUGUUCGCCCGCACGAUCGUCAGCCGAGCGGUGCCGGCAGCAGCACCAACAGGAGGAGUCUGUUGCGCCUGCACUCGACCAAGCGCACGCUCUUCUCUUCCGCUGCUGUCCCCCAAAGCCAUGCCUCUCCGAGCCAAGCUGUUGUCACAGCAGCCGGCGUCGCAACGGCUGAUGUCGACGCAACAAGCAUACGAGCUCUUCAAGCCCCGCGACGGUGACGAGCCCGAGGAUGUCAUCUUCAACAGUCUAUACGGCCUCCGGUCGAUCGAGCUCAACCGGCCAAAGAAGCUCAACGCCCUCAAUGGCUCCAUGAUCCGCAAGAUCGCCCCGCGCCUGCUCGAGUGGGCCAAGUCGGACAUGGCCAACGUCAUCGUCAUGAAGGGCGCUGGCGACAAGGCCUUCUGCGCCGGCGGCGACGUCGCCCAGCUGGCCAAGUGGAACAAGUCCGGCCCCGAGGGCCAGGAGCUGUCCAAGGAGUACUUCGCCCAGGAGUACCAGCUCGACCACUUGAUCGCCACCUACAACAAGCCCUACAUCGCCUUCAUGGACGGCAUCACCAUGGGCGGCGGUGUCGGCCUCAGCAUCCACGCUCCCUUCCGUAUCGCCACCGAGCGCACCGUCUUCGCCAUGCCCGAGACCACCAUCGGCUUCUUCCCCGACGUGGGCGCCUCCUUCUUCCUGCCCCGCAUGCCCGGCUACGUCGGCACCUACCUCGCCCUGACCAGCUCCCGCCUGACGGGCGCCAACGUCUUCUACGCCGGCAUCGCCACCCACUACCUCCACUCCACCUCGCUCCCCCAGCUCGAGUCCCGCCUGGCCGAGCUGCGCUUCUCCGACUUUGACAGCCUGCAGAACCGCCUGGCCGCCAUCAACGCCACCAUCGAGGAGUUCGUCACCGGCCUCCCCCACGACGAGCCCAUCCUCCUCGGCGGCGAGCUGCGCCGCGCCAUCGACCGCUGCUUCAGCCACGACAGCGUCGACGCCAUCCUGCGCGCCCUUGAGAAGGAGAAGGGCGCCACCCGCCAGUGGGCCCAGGAGACCCUCGAGACCCUGCACAAGCGCUCUCCGACCGCCGUGCACGUCGCCCUCCGCCAGAUGCGCAUCGGCGCCAAGUGGAGCAUCCGCGACACCUUCAUCCGCGAGCACGCCAUCGCCUCCAAGUUCAUGGCCUCGCACGACUUCACCGAGGGCGUCACCGCCCUGCUCAUCGACAAGCGGCCCGCCCGCUGGGAGCCCGCCUCGCUCGAGGACAUCCCCCCGGAGGAGAGCGCCAAGCUGACCGAGGACUUCUUCCUCAUGCCCCGCAACCAGCCCACGCUGCAGCUCCUUACCGAGGCCAACUACGACGAGUACCCCUACAGCGACUUCGGCGUCCCCACCGAGGAGCAGGUCGAGAAGAAGGUCAUGCUGGGCACCAUGACGCGCGCCCAGAUCGUCGACGCCUUCGUCAAGGAGAGGAACCACAAGCAGGGCGUCAAGGAGGUCGUCGAGGAGAUCCUGGCCCGCAAGACCACCGGCGGACCCAAGGCGGUCGCCAAGUGGGUGUACUAAGAUGCGGCUGGGUUUGUAUAAUAGAUAUACAGGGUGCGUGUAUUACGCAUUGGUUUACUUGGCAUACGAGGAAAUACAGACUUGUAACGAUUCGUGACGAAGAGCCCUGUUUUCCAGUGCCCCUUAUCUCUUCUGAUUCUCUCAGUGUUGAAUCCGCGUGCUCGUGAUCGUCAGGCCAUGCAUGACACGCUCUUAAUCGACGGGUAUUACUCACUGUAACUGGAGCCAAGGCCUCGGUCGUCGAGAGAGGAAACCCCCUCCUUUGCAAGAGAAAUUUACCUAUUUUCUCCGUCAACUCGGCGUGGGGCCCUCUCCUCAUAAGAGGAAGUGGUGACAGUGUGAAAUGAGGUCUUGGAAGGUUGAGUCGCGGGGUGAAGGGCCAGGACUUUACGAACAAAUGAAAGGCAGAAUGAGGGUCAAGCUUGGGAGGGAAAAAAGAGGAGGAGACGGAUGAGAAGGGUGUUGCUCCCUAGUAUCCUUUGAAUAAAUAAAUAAUAUGACAUCGGACCUCGAUUCUCGAGAU